GCGGCGGCCAGGGAGGAAGCGGAGGAGGCGGAGGCGGCUGUGGCGUUCGCCCGCCUGCUUGUUCGCUCCGUUUCCCCGCCCCCGCCGGUCUUGUCGCGGCUGAAGGGAGCCGGCUGCGCGCUGUCGCAACCUGCCCUCAUCCUGGCUGGCGACAGUAAGAACAGAUCCACAACGAAACCAACCUCCCUGUUCGGGCGGCUGCGGUGCGGGCUCAGCUGGGCGCUGGCGGGCGGCUGGGGCGCCUGAAGGUUACCGAGUGCAUGAGCACCUAGCGCCUCCCGCGCUGCCCCGCCCGCCGUCCCGCGGUCCCGCCCGCCGGCUCGCCCGCCAGCCCCUCGGCGCCCGGCGGCGGCGGCGGCGGCGGCGGCGGCGACGGCCGCAGGAGGCGCCGUCUCCCUCCCAGGUGCGCGCUUCGCUCCCGGAGCCGCGGUAUUCGGCGGCCGCCAUGGCGUCCAACAUGGACCGGGAGAUGAUCCUGGCGGAUUUUCAGGCAUGUACUGGCAUUGAAAACAUUGAUGAAGCUAUUACAUUGCUUGAACAAAAUAAUUGGGACUUAGUGGCAGCUAUCAAUGGUGUAAUACCCCAGGAAAAUGGCAUUCUACAAAGUGAUUAUGGAGGUGAGACCAUACAAGGCCCUGCAUUUGAUCCAGCAAGUCACCCAGCUCCAGCUACUACUACUCCCUCCUCUUCUGCAUUUCGACCUGUGGUGCCAUCUAGGCAGAUUGUAGAAAGGCAACCUCGUAUGCUGGAUUUCAGAGUUGAGUACAGAGACAGAAAUGUUGAUGUGGUACUUGAAGACAGCUGUACUGUUGGAGAAAUUAAACAGAUUCUAGAAAAUGAACUGCAGAUUCCUGUGUCUAAAAUGCUGUUAAAAGGCUGGAAAACUGGAGAUGUGGAGGACAGUACGGUCUUAAAAUCGCUGCACUUGCCAAAAAACAACAGUCUUUAUGUCCUUACACCAGAUUUGCCACCACCUUCAUCAUCUAGUCACACUGGUGCCCUGCAGGAGUCAUUAAAUCAAAACUUCAUGCUGAUCAUCACCCACCGAGAAGUCCAGCGGGAGUACAACCUGAACUUCUCAGGAAGCAGUACCAUUCAGGAGGUAAAGAGAAAUGUGUAUGACCUUACAAGUAUACCUGUUCGACAUCAAUUAUGGGAGGGCUGGCCAUCCUCUGCCACAGAUGACUCAAUGUGUCUUGCUGAAUCAGGGCUCUCUUAUCCCUGUCAUCGACUUACUGUGGGAAGAAGAUCUUCACCUGCACAGACCCGGGAACAGUCAGAAGAGCAAAGCACGGAUGUUCAUAUGGUUAGUGAUAGCGAUGGAGAUGACUUUGAAGAUGCUACAGAAUUUGGGGUGGAUGAUGGAGAAGUAUUCGGCAUGGCAUCAUCUGCCCUGAGAAAAUCUCCAAUGAUGCCAGAAAACGCAGAAAAUGAAGGAGAUGCCUUAUUACAAUUUACAGCAGAGUUUUCUUCAAGAUAUGGUGACUGCCAUCCUGUAUUUUUUAUUGGCUCAUUAGAAGCUGCUUUUCAAGAGGCCUUCUAUGUGAAAGCCCGAGAUAGAAAGCUUCUUGCUAUCUACCUCCACCACGAUGAAAGUGUACUAACCAACGUGUUCUGCUCACAAAUGCUUUGUGCUGAAUCCAUUGUUUCUUAUCUGAGUCAAAAUUUUAUAACCUGGGCUUGGGAUCUGACAAAGGACGCCAACAGAGCAAGGUUUCUGACAAUGUGUAAUAGACACUUUGGCAGUGUUGUUGCACAAACCAUUCGGACUCAAAAAACAGAUCAGUUUCCUCUUUUUCUGAUUAUUAUGGGAAAGCGAUCAUCUAAUGAAGUAUUAAACGUGAUACAAGGUAACACAACAGUGGAUGAGUUAAUGAUGAGACUCAUGGCUGCAAUGGAGAUCUUCUCAGCACAACAACAGGAAGAUAUAAAGGAUGAGGAUGAACGUGAAGCCAGAGAAAAUGUGAAGAGAGAGCAAGAUGAGGCUUAUCGCCUUUCACUUGAGGCUGACAGAGCAAAGAGGGAAGCUCAUGAGAGAGAAAUGGCAGAACAAUUUCGUUUGGAGCAGAUUCGCAAAGAACAAGAAGAGGAACGUGAGGCCAUCAGACUCUCCUUAGAGCAAGCCCUGCCUCCAGAGCCAAAGGAAGAAAAUGCUGAGCCUGUGAGCAAACUGCGAAUCCGUACCCCCAGUGGCGAGUUCUUAGAGCGUCGUUUCCUGGCCAGCAAUAAGCUCCAGAUUGUCUUUGAUUUCGUAGCUUCUAAAGGAUUUCCAUGGGAUGAAUUCAAGUUACUGAGCACCUUUCCUAGGAGAGAUGUAACUCAGCUGGACCCCAAUAAAUCACUAUUGGAGGUAAAAUUGUUCCCUCAAGAAACCCUUUUCCUUGAAGCAAAAGAGUAAACAUGGCUCAGCGGUGGAACCAGCCUUUCCUUGACAAGCCAGAGGCCUGUGUCAAGAGAUGGGCUCCUCGCCAACCCACCCACACGCUCGUCUCACUCAAUUCAAUGUCACACUUCUGCCUCUUGCAAGAUUGCUGGAAAAAAAAAGUAAUAAACAUAGCUACUCAAAAUUUCCCAUCCAUGAGUAUAUGUUCCCAGCCC